AUGGUCAAGAUGCAGAAUCUACCGACCUCGCUCGCACUGCUGGUCUCUUCCCUCCUUUUCGCGUCGACCUCCUCGGCUCUGCACAUCAGACCUCGACAAGCCGAUGCUCUGCCCACGCCAAUCGCCCAUCUCUCCAAUGCUGCAGCCGCGGCCGUCAUCACGCCUGGUCCCUCUCUGGAUAUCGUUGGCGAGCUGAAGUUUGCACGCGCACUUCCUACUAUCCCUGCGUGUGCCACUUCGUGCGUUGCCUCCGCCGUCACCAAAUCGACAAACUGCAAGUUGGGCGACACUCUAUGCGAAUGUAACCAUGCGACCAUCAUCAACAACGGCGCGGCGUCUUGUGUCCAGAGUGCCUGUGGAUAUGUUGGUGCUGUCCAGGCUCAGGUGGCGGGAGAGGAGCUGUGUAUAAGUGUGCUUGCCGGAAAUAUUCCUAGUAGUCUUUUGUCUACUCCUACCGACAACAACAACGUCCCUGGUCAAACGGGUGUUUCCUCGCCAAGCCCGAGUAGUGGGUCGAAUGGCGGAUCGAGUGGCGGGUCCAACGGAGGUUCAAACGGAGGAUCUAAUGGAGGCUCAUCCGGAGGAUCUUCAGGUUCAUCAGGAUCUUCGGGGUCAUCUGGCUCAUCUGGCUCAUCCGGCUCAACAUUCCACAAGCCCAGCAAGAGACUCUCCAAGGGGGCCAUUGCCGGUAUUGUCGUUGGUGUUGUCGUAGGUAUUGGUGGCGCAGCCGCAGCCAUCUGGAAGUUCUGCCUGAACAAAAUGAAAGGAGGAAGCACACCACCACCCGCCGGAGUCGAUCCAGCACCUAUAGCUGCACCAGCUGCUGCUGCACCCGUCGUUGUCGCCCCUGUUGAAACGGCACAAGUCUCUCCCGUCGAACCUUUCAAGCCAUCGGUGACUCCUCAGACCGUGUCCAGCGUGUCGCCGUUCCAGGGGUCGACUGGUACAACGUCUCCGGUAUAUCCAAACGCCGCCGAGCUGUCCAAUGGACCAUAUCAACAGCCCCCUGCCGCAUACGCGUAUCCUCCGCAUCCAAUGGGGCAGGUAUAUCAUGAAGCUCACGCACAGCCGCCAGAAAUGGCCGGUGACACGCAUUUGCCGCAGGAGUUGCACGGCGGAGGACCAGUGUACGAGAUGGGCACGCAUAAUUAAAGGGUGAAAAAUGGAUGAAUAUACGUAAAUAAUAAACGAGAAAGCUAAUGUAUGUAAUCUAACAAAUGAUAUCCACGUCUAUUUCAAAUUCUAUAU